AGUGAAUCUUAGAGAGUCAGCUAGUAUACCAGUGUGUCCGGGUAGGUCUAAGUGGUGAGGAGUGGGGCUCUUGUCAUGCACCUAACACCACGAUGGACGACUAUCCUAUGUAUGGGUUGCUCAUUGGGUUCUCCCUCUGGGGGACCCUUUGGCGUCUCCUCUUUCCUCUGGGCUUCUGGCCCAUGUUCACGUGUAGAGUAGGGACUCGGGGUGGUACGUCCACCCAGCCUUACACGAAGGAGGAGGAGGAGAAGAUGGCCGUCAUCCUACAUGAGAGGAAGGAGAGAAAGGAGGCCAAGAAGAAGGCCUUGAAGGAGGAGCAGGCGGCCAAAUUGAAGAAGAUCGAAGAAGAGAUGGCCAGGGAGAAAGAGAGGUUGAAAAAGGAAGAAGAAGAGAAGCUGAAGGAGGUGGAAGAGGAGGAAGGCCCGACACUGCAAAGGAAUAGUGGGCAGCAUAGUGACAGCAACGGUGGGGACCUGGAGAAGAGGAUAUCCGAAUGGGUUGCCAAUCUGUCUGUGGGAGAAGAGGAAGAAGUUAGCAUGUAUAUCCCACAGGAUGAGCAAGAGGCUGCCAUGACGGCUUGGGAUGCAGAGAAAGAUCCCCUAAGACGACAGGCAUUGGAAGACGAAAAGAGGAUGGAGUGGAAACUAGCAGUGAUGAGGGAGAAGAAGAGGAGAGUUGAUAAGGCAGCGGAGGCGGCAGAAGAACUCGAGGAGGUGAAAAAGAUAGAAGAGCGAUUAGCCGCUCAAACCGAACUCCCGAACCAGAUGCGAAUUAUAGCACGAAGCAUCGCAAGCCUGACACGGAUUCAGACGGACCAAUAUGACUUCAGUAGGAGUCAAGAUAUAGCGGUGCGCUCGAUGCGAUUGGGCUUUCGGGACUUUGCUCGUGAGUUGGUAGGCGUUGUUGGAGCCGAGGUGGGUCAUCGCCUCGACAAGACUGAACGGUUUUGCGUUGGCGCCAUUGAAGGCGUCAAGGCGACAACUCCCAAGGAGGAGGAAGUACAUCCUCCUCGCCGGGAGCCGGUCAAGGUCAAAUUCCCUGAUUCCUACAGUGGGAAAAGGGAUGAAAAUUUUGACAACUAGGAGGCCAACAUUAAGACCUAUGUGCAUUUGCAACAAGUCUCCCCGGAUCAGCAGGUUCUAAUUGCGAUCCACGC